AUGGAGAAAACAACUUUUUCUCCGCGCCUUGCUCUCGGAGCUUGCUGCAGUCGUUUCAGCCGAAAUCACAAUCAAGCAAAAUAGAAGUUGCAUGAGGCCGGAGCCCGCCGCGCUCUGCCACCAAAACUACAUGCCAGACUAAAAACCGGCAGCGGGACGGAGCUGGCUUGGGGGCGGCUGGGGGUCGGGGGCUGCGAGGGAGGAAGGCCAGGCGCACCCCGCUCUGAGACCCCCGGGCCGAGCCCCGCGGGCAGGAGUAGCCGAGGCGGCCCCGGUCGGGAGACGGUCUGUCACCCCGGGACUGGGCGGGGGCUAUCCGCCCGCCCUGCCCGCCGCUCCCCCGUCCGUGUGCGUGGCGGCUCCCCGCGGCAGGGAGCGGGGCCGUCCCCGUGUGCGUGGCGGCUCCCCGGGGCGGGAGCCGGGGCGUGGCGGGGAGCGCGGCGCUGCCCCGGCCGGCGCCCCCGCGUCCCUCCUUCCCUCCCUCCCUCCCUCCCUCCCUCCCUCUCUCGGCCGCUCCCGCUGCUCCCGCUCCGCGCACGACGGCGGCGGCAUCCCGCCAUGUCGGCCGCCAAGCACCGGGGCCCUAAGGGGGGCAGCCCGCCCGCCGCCGCCAACGAGCGGGGCGCGCAGCCCGGCGGCGCCGAGGAGGCGGCGCCGAAGAAGCCGGCGGCGGCGGCGCACGGUCGGGGCGGCAGAGCCGCGGCGGGGGGCGGAGGGGGCCGCUCCGGCGCUGGCCCCCGCCGCGGCUGGGCGCUGCUGCUGGGCGCCGCGGUGGUGCUGGGCGCCGCGCUGCUCGCCGGCUGGUACGUGCGGCAGCUGCGGGAGGAGGUCGGGCGGAGCGCCCGGGAAAGGGAGGCCUCCGGCCGGCAGCGGCAGGAGCUGGCUGCCACCCUGGACUCCGUGGUGCAGAAGGUGCGUUCCCUUCAAACUACAUUUGGAGAAUUUGAAUCCAUGAUGAAAAUUGCUCAGCAGAAGCAGGAGGUGACUGAGAAGGCUGUUAAACAAGGGGAGAGUGAAAUAAACCGGAUCAGUGAAGUGCUUCAGAAGCUGCAAAAUGAAAUUUUGAAAGACUUAUCUGACGGCAUCCACAUGGUGAAGGAUGCAAGGGAACGAGACUUUACAUCUCUGGAAAAAACAGUGGAAGAGAGACUAACAGAGCUAACCAAGUCUAUAAAUGAUAACAUUGCUGUAUUCACUGAAGUCCAGCAAAGGAGCCAAGAUGAAAUCAACAACAUGAAAGCAAAGGUUCAUUCACUAGAAGAGGCAGAUGUGUAUAAACAUGAAAUUAAGGUGCUAAAAGAUGCUUUUGAUGAGAUGCAAGCAUCCAUGAAAACCAAAGAGAAGGACAUAGAGACCUUGAAGACUACAAUAGAUUCUAUGGAGUCUGAUGUGUAUACUGAAGUGAAAGAGCUAGUCAACCUCAAGCAAGAACAUGAGAAAUUCAAAGAGGCUGCGGACACUGAACACCUUUCAUUAAAAGCUUUACAAGAGAAAGUUCUGAGAGCUGAGGAUUCUAUUAUGCAGCUCCCUAGUGACAUUAAAAGACUUGAUGAAGAUUUACUGCAAGUUAAAGCCGACCUCAACAAAUGGGAAGAAAAUGAGCUCUUCAGAAAAGCAUUAGAAACUUUUGGGAAGAACAGCGAAGGACUGGAGUCUCGACUGAGGCACAUAGAAGACAGCCUGGAGUCUCUAAAUUCUGUUGCUGCUCAAAACAGUGAAAAGUUGCAAUCUUUCCUUUCCAAGGAGGCAGAAUACGAAAAUAAGCUCAGUACCCUAGAACAAAGCAUUACUGCUCUUCAGGGGAUCUCAGACAUGGACAUAACUUCAGUCACAGACAUUCUGAAAAAUCUUGGUGAAUCACAGACCUCGCUGUACAAUGACGUGGAAAACUUGAGGAGAAGCAUCAGUGACCUGCCAUCCUCUGGUGCUCUUCAGGAUGUCCAGAAGCAAAUUAGUACUUUGUUGGAUCAAGGAACUCUUCAGACAGAUCAAGCACAUUCUCAAGGCUAUCUUGAAAAAUUUUCUUCUGUGGAAGGCUCUGUAGAUGAACUGAGAUCUUCUGUCAGCCAGGUUGAUACCGAUUUGAAAAUGAUAAGAACGGCAGUGGAUAGUUUAGUCUCCUACUCGGUGAAAAUUGAAAAUAAUGAGAACAACUUGGAGUCUGUGAAGAGCUCAAUAGAUGACCUGAGGAAUGAUCUGGAAAGGUUGUUUGUGAAAGUAGAAAAAAUACAUGAAAAAGUUUAGGCAGCAGUGCUCCUUGUGCAAAUAAUGGAUUAAGGAGAAUAGCUUUUGUAUGCCCAGUUUUUUACUCUUUUUAAAAGCAAUUUGAUACCUCCAAAGAGAAUAAGAAUACUUUAAUAAUAGAGACAGUUCUGCUUAUUUCCUUUAUUUCUCUUUUGUGUAGUGUUUUUGUUUUUUAAUUUUGUUUUAAGAAAACAUGAAUUUAGUUGGGGGUUGAGUUUCUAAGGGCAGGGCUCAUCUUCUCUAUCAAGUUGUACCGCUGUAACUGUAGUGGUGUAACUAAGGCACUACCGCCUCGUUAGCAUGGGCACAUAUUUAAUGGCAUGAAGGUGUUUCACACUAUAACACUAGAUAUCCCACACAGAAGGGCUACAGCUGUUCUGGUAUGAAAAGCAUACUGCUGUACACACUGAGAACUUUACUGGUAUGUUGUGGUUUAAGAACAAAUGAACAAAACUACAUCCCUAUCUUAAACUGUUUAGACCGGUAGACUUAAGUGUGGACCAGGUUUGAAGCAACUCAUCCGUUUCUGUGGUUUGGGACUCAACCAUGUGGUCAGUUUACCAGGUGUUAGUUGAGCUGUAAUAUUAUUUCUGUGAGUCCUUAAUCUGUACCAAGGAGCUAACAAGGGGUUAGCUGAGCCCCCUGAAGGGAAGGUUUGAGGGGCUAGACCUAAGAGAAGUGUUCCACCCCAUGGCUGGAGAAGUUCCUUCUUUGUGAUCACAGGCUUCUUUUCCAGCAUCUUCAGCUGCUGGUUGCAGAAGAUCAGUGCUUAGAAGGGACAUCUGAAGGAUGGGAUUUGUUUCAAGAGGGUACAGUAAUAUUUUUGUCGUAUUUUUGGGCUGUUUACAUGAUGAGGCUGUGUCUUUCCUGGAAAGGCCUAAUUUGUCUGUGAUACAGGAUUUUCUGUAAAAAUGAUAAUGAAUUUGAAUGAGGAAAAAGGAGGACUAAAAUUGCACCUCUCGUGUUCCAUGUAUAGCAAGCAUGCUAACGAUAAUAGUACACUCCAAAACACACAAGGGGGAAAAUCACCAUGAAAUCAGCAGAAUUGCUUCUAAGGUGUAUACAUUUCCAAGUUUUCACAUAGCUGACAGUGACCUGGACUCUUGUUACAUAUUCAGGACUUGGUGCCUGAUUCUUGUCACCGUUGUCACCAGGUGCCCACCUGGGGCAUUGGUAGCAAAGGAUCCUUCUAGGAACUGGUUGAGAGUGAGCAAAAAGUAUUGUAAUUCUCUAGAUGUUCAUUUAAAAACAACUUCCUCAUGGAAUUUGCUUGGUUUUCUGCCUUUUUGGAAAGGAUUUCUGAGUUUACUUUUGAACUUUAUCCAAAGAUUUGGUAAAGGGGUGUGUACACGGAUACCCUGGAAAUACGUUGUGCGCAUCAUGCCCACCUCAGCCUGCACUAGACAGAUCCGUGGCUACGUUAGAAAAAUAAUUCCUACAAACAGCAAGUGGUGUGUUUGUGGGAACAGCGCAGGUGAAAACGAGUUCUCCUCGGUAAGUAAGAUACUGGACCAUAUCUAGUGUUGUUCCCACUGUAAAUAGGAAAUAAUUGCUGGCAAAGAAAGAGGGACCCAUGGCAUUAAGGUAACUUGUCACUGUUGGAACUGCACUGUUCUUUGUUGACUUCUAAAGUUCUUGAACAAUGUUGUUUAGGUUACUGUGAAAUGAACUGUAUGGCUUAUUUGCGAUAUUUUUAAUACAUAAUAAACAUUUGGAAUAUUCU